UGACUAGAGCCUCAUUGGUCAUCAGUGGAAAAGGCCCACACUGUUGGGGCAGAGGGAAGGUGAGGUGGGGUCUGAACUCUAAAAGAGGUCUCUGUGCAGCCUUUGGCCUGCAGCCAGCCAGGAAGCAGCAGCAGAGACGUGUGGAACCAGGUACACGCUGUGAAGACAGACCUCGUUACCUCCACCCUCAGUCUUAUGAUUCCUGAAUGACAUUUUCCACAUGAUCUGGUUGUAAAAGACAAAAACUGCAACCUCCAUUGAACUUCACAGAAGGACUUUACGCUGAGACUUCAGAUAAAAGUUGGACUUUGAUUUCGGACUGGUCAUAAAAAGUAGUGAAGUUGGAAAAGAAGGUCAUUUCACUGAACGGAGAGAAGACGCAGGAACGAGGCCAUGGCCGUUUGCAGGACAGUGGGAGCAUUACUGCUCUUAAUACACACAGUUUUUGCCCAGAACACGAUCAGGUGGUGCACUAUCUCAGACAAUGAGCAGAGGAAGUGUCAGGCCAUGUCACAGGCUUUCUCUGAAGCCAAAAUCCGUCCAUCUCUCGGUUGUGUCAAUGGGUUAACGGUGCAGGGCUGUGUCCAGAAACUGAAGGACAAACAAGUGGAUGCCUUCUCUAUGUAUGCGACUGACAUCUACAACCUGGGAAAAACUGCUUCUUUCAAAAUGGCUGCCAGUGAAUCUAAGCGUGAUGGUACCGGUGCCUCCUACUAUGCAGUUGCCGUUGUGAAGAAGCUGAAUUCAGCCAUCAACAUCAACAACUUAGCAGGAAAGAAUAGCUGCCACACGGGAAAAGAACGAACAGCCGGCUGGAAUAUGCCUCUGGGAUACUUCAUAGACCAAGGCAUGAUGUCUGUGAUGGGCUGCGAUGUCUCGCAGGGCGUGGCAAAUUUCUUCAACGCCAGCUGUGUCCCCGGAGCAAACGCGGCAGGUGACCCUGCCUCCCUGUGUGAGCUGUGCAAAGGCGACGGGUCAGGAAACUACAAAUGUGACAUGAGCACCAAGGAGCGAUACUUCAGCUACGAAGGAGCGUUCAGGUGUCUGGUUGAAGAUGCAGGACAUGUGGCCUUCAUCAAACACACGACUGUGGAGGAGAACUCUGACGGUCAUGGCCCAGAAUGGGCCAAACCUCUGAUGUCAUCAAACUAUGAGCUGCUGUGUCGCGAUGGCACCAGAGCCGCAGUAUCUCAGUGGAAAUCCUGCCAUCUGGUCCGAGUUCCAUUCCGUGGCAUCGUGGUUGGCAGUGACAUCACUCCAUCUGUGGUUUACAACAUGCUGACGGAGGGAGUGGAAAAAUCUGGCUUCAACGUGUUUUCCUCAACAUCAUAUGGAGGAGGAACUGUGCUGUUCUCUGACUCAUCCACCAUGUUCCUGGAAGCAGGUUCGGACAACCCUGAGACGUGGAUGGGACGCCACUACCACAACGCCCUGAGAGCCAUGGACUGUAAACCUGAAGGGUCAUUGCGAUGGUGCGUGUUGUCCAGCGGUGAACAGAACAAAUGCGUUGCUAUGGCUAAUGCCUUUAAAAACAAAGGUCUGACGCCCGAUGUCAAGUGUGUUUAUGGAGACUCUGCGACAGACUGCAUGGAGAGGAUCAAGAACAAGGAAGCUGAUGCCAUGACUCUGGAUGGAGGUUACAUCUACACGGCAGGCAAAGACUAUGGUCUAAUUCCUGCGACUGGCGAGAGCUACACAGUGGAAAGUGAUGGUUCCAUAUACUAUGCAGUUGCGGUGGUAAAAAAAAGCAGCACUAAUAUCCAUAAUCUUGACGACCUUCGUGGUCAGCGCUCGUGUCACACCGGGUAUGGUCGCACGGCCGGCUGGAACAUUCCUGUAGCAGUGCUGAUGGAGAGAGGCCUGAUUGCCCCGCAGCAGUGCCAGAUACCCCAAGCUGUUGGAGAGUUCUUCAAGCAGAGUUGUGUACCAGGUGCCAAUCAGCCUGGUUUUCCUUCCAGCCUGUGUAGUAAAUGUGUGGGAGAUUCCACAGGAAACAACAAAUGUGAGAAAGGAAAAGACCUGUAUGAUGGAUAUGACGGUGCCUUCAGGUGUUUGGCGCAGGGGGAUGGAGAUGUGGCUUUUAUCAAACAUUCUACCGUCUUCCAGAACACUGAUGGAAACAACGAGGAAUCCUGGGCAAUAGGUCUUCACUCCAAAGAUUUCCAGCUGCUCUGUUCUCAGGGAACUAAGGCCGAAGUCACACAGUACAGAUACUGUAACCUGGCCAGAGUCCCCUCUCACGCUGUGAUGGUACGACCGGACACCAACAUCCACGCUGUCUACGGACUGCUGGACCGAGCACAGACAUACUUUGGCAACGAUGACAACCCCGACUUCACCAUGUUCGACUCCAAGGCCUACACAGGCACAGAUUUGAUUUUUAAGGAUUCCACUGUUCGCCUUGUGGGUGUAGCUGACAGGAAGACCUACCAGGAGUGGCUGGGACAGGCCUACAUGGACUCCCUGGAGACCAUAGAGUGUAAUUCAUCAGGCGCAGUGGUGUCCUCUGUCUGGAUGCUGAUGUUGACCUUGCUCAGCAUCACUGUGACCAACCUCUGGAUUUAAAAGCACUUUGUAACACAAGCUCUUCUCCUGCUCUUCCAUUUCUUACCUUCUUAUAUCCAUUUCUAGCCCUUAUUUACUUUAUGUAUUUACAAUAAUAACACACUCAGGUUAAAUGUUUAACUUCCUUGAUUGUCAUCCAAUCAUAUCACUCCUCCAUAUCACUUCCUGCCCAGACCUGCUUGUACUGUAUAGUAUUUCUGAAUUAUGUGGUUGAGGUUGUGGAAUCUCACCUGUUUUUUUUUGUGGGAGAAGGCUUGGUGUCUGUGAGUCAGGUUUGAUGUCAGAGUUGCUGCCACUAUGUUUACAGAGGGUGAGCUGCCAUAUCAGUGCAUAUGCUGCCACCAGUUACAUUACUUUAGUGGAAACAACUUAUCUUUCCUCUUCAAAGCCUGAUUUGAAAAGAAAGCAAACAGUCUGGUUUUUAAAUCUCACACAAACCACAAAUGUGUAGUUCUGGUGUUACGCCAAAAAAAAAAAAGAUUCCAUGGGAAAACUGCAGACUGAGGUCACUGUUGCCAUUGGUUUUCAUCUGCCUACUUUCCAAAUAGUGCCAUAAAAAAAAUCAUAUAAAAUGUAUUUUAGGCUUGCAUAAAUGUCACAUAACAUUUAAUGUACUCGACAUUAAAUUAAAAAAGUUAAUUUUCGUAGAAAUAAUCAACACUUUCAAAGUAGCCAUAUGAUUCCCCUUGAAAAUCUUGUUUUUUUAAAUAAAGUUAAAGAAAUAAAAUGUUUUAAUACUGAUCCAGAAUUAAUAUAUUUACGUCUUGCCUCAAGAUUUAUGUUUUAGUUCUGCACGAGUCACUUUACCCAAAUCUGAAUAAAUAUUUGGUAGAAAUAAAUGUUGAUAUGUAACUUUGCUAUUGAUAAUUGUGAGAAUAGAAUCUAGAUAAGGUCUAAAGUUUUUUCUCUGCCUUGCUCUCAGCUGACCCCAGUGCAGCUUCAUCCCUUCUUUUCUCAUACAUUAUUGUGGUUUUAUGUAGCUUUAAAAAUCCAUUGUUCUGCUCUUUGCCACGCGUGUGGCUGAAACAGACACAUCCUGUUGUCACUCAGGCUUUGUUUCUAUGAUAAGCUAAUGCCAUAUCAGUGAAUAUGCACUAGUUUGAUAGCAGUUGUUGUGAACAUGAGUGAAUUUACAUGCUUCAUGCUUCUCCUCAAACUUUUUUUUUUUAAAUCGUCCACUGUAUUUCCUCCUUCUUGCUGUCAUUUUACAGUAUUCUGUUUUAAUUGCUGAUUGGCUAUUUUACUCUGUUGAGAUGUUUAUUUUUUAUAUGAUGUUCAAGUGCCAUAUCAGUGUAUAUGUACUGACUCAUGCUGUCAGAAGUGAAUAUGUGUUUUCUCUCUCGAUACUGAAUUAUUUCUACUUGAAAUGAUGUCACAUGUGACUAAUAUUUAGUUGCCAGGCCAGUGUGUCUGCGUAAGUAUUAAUACAUAAAGCUUGUUUUCUCAACUUUUGCAAACAAAAUAAAGUCAUUAAUAGCAACUUA